AUGAAGCAAGGAGAAUGGACCGUGCUUGGUAAGGAUCAGACGAUGAACAUGUUCAUGUGCGUGCAACACCAGAAGGCAGACAGACACAAAGAAAGCCAGCACGAUUCAGUUUCGCACCAACAGCCGCAGCAUGAACCUCAGCAUCAGAGUCAGAACCAGCAGCAGCAGCCGCUACAGCAGACGACUGUGAAGAAGGCCUGCGAUAACUGCCGUCUGCGGAAGACCAAGUGUGACCUGACCAACCCAUGCACAAACUGUGCCUCGCGCGGUUUCGAGUGCACCUAUGCUACUCCCCAUCGCAAGAGGGGCCCUGCUGGACGCCGCCUCAAUGAGAUCCGGGAGCGCGAGCAAAAGCGAAUCCGAAACGCCGAGUCCACCUCCGUGGCAUCGUCGUUCUCCCCCUCGGCCCCUGUCCUCUCCGUCUCUAACCAUGAAGCCGCCGAAGCAAGUCCCGGAAACACCCGCGGCAUCACUCAGCAGAACCAGCAGCAACAACAGCACCAGCAACAUCAGCAAGACCAGUUCAUGUUCGGUACUGAUUCCAGCGGCUUGCCAAGUGCUGCCGACCAGGUCUCAGGGCUGACCCCGUCAUGGGACGGCAUGCUUGCCUCGUUCGGGCCCGCCUCGGCCUCGCUUGCCGGCCCGACUGCUUCUGAUUCCCCGGAUGGCCGCGCCGGGAGCGCUGCCUCCAACACAUUCGACGACCUCGUCUUCUCCUUGCGGCAGUCCCAGUACAACAACCACUCCCUCAACAACGUCACCGGCCAUCCUCCUAUCACACACGCCUCCCCGGCAAGCAGCAGCAAUGUCCUGGCCGUGCCAACGAGCGGUUGGCCGGCCGUCAUCACCGACGAAAACCUCAUUCGCUGGCUGGAUAUCUACUUUGAGCGCCUGUAUCCGACCCUGCCCAUCCUCAAGCGCUCCUCCGUCUUUGCCCGUCUCCUGGCCCAGGAGCACCGCACCAACCCGGACUUUGGCGCCAUGCUCCUCUCCCUUUCUGCCUUCGGUCUUAUCCAGCCUGUCCGCGUGAGUGAGCAGCAGAGCGCCUCGUCCUCCUCGCGGCAGCAGAUGGUUGACCUGUUGCUCAUGGAGGCGGUUAGGAUGCGCACCGUCGUCGACUUCGGCCAGUCCCCGACCAUGGACAUGAUCUUCACCUCGGUGUUCCUAUUCGCCUGUCUGUUCCAGAAGGGGCAGCACAACGCCGCCUGGCUGAGGAUGAGGGAGGCUGUUGAGCUUGGGUGUAUCUUCGGGCUGGACAAGUUCGACUGCUACCUGAACUGUUCGCCCGAGCAGAAGCAGCAGCGGCUAAGGGUUUACUACCUGCUGUCCGUGACAGAAAGAGCAUACGGUCUCCAGCGCCAUCACUCUGUUGGCUUCGUAGGCGAGCCCAGCAUCUUGACGCAUUCCCUACUAGAAUCCAUCUCUGGCAUUGCCGACAGCGCUGAUUCCUCCGGCAUUGUCAUCCAGGACGACGCCGAGUCGGCUGGAAUGCUAGGCCUCCUACACCUCAUGAGACUCUUUGACCCAAUAAAUGAGGACUUCUUACGGUGUUGGAACGGCCACUGUAAGAAUGACCUGGGCGGCUGCCGUUUCCUCAACGAACGGACCGCCGUCAUGAUCUACGACCAGAUCGACCGUCACAACCUCGAAGGGAAGAACUCGUCGGUGGCCACGGCGGCUCUGAAGCCAUCGCAGUCAGCGACAACCUUGUCCGCAGAGAAGCCACCGCCACCCGUACCAUCGUGGCUCUCUGCGGCAACCGCCACUUCGUCUCAGCAGGCUGAUAUUCUGGUGAACCAGCAGUGGCUGCUAAACCGCCUCUGGCACUUGUGCCUUUCACACAAGCUUCUUGUCCCCCAGUCGGGACAUGCGGCACUUUCCAUCUACAACGCAGUGUCGAUAGCCGAGAACACCCUGAGGAUAUGCCAGACGACGCCGCUGGCAAGCAUCGAGGUGCACGGGAUUGGCAUGAUCGAGAAGCUGUACACCGUAGUGGAGAGCGCCAUCGCUGCGAUUCAGUACUGGGAAGCGGCCGAGGACGGCCAAGGCGGGACGGAUGGUGGCAGGAGUGCGAGCGUGAAUCACGGCGUUGGCGGUUCACAACACCACAUGCACGUACACAACAUACACCAUCGUAAACCGUUACUAAAGGGCUACCUGGAGCUGUUCAAGACCAUACGGGCGGGGCAGCAUGUCUUCCUGACCAAGUACAAUGCGCUGGUAGGCCAAGAGUUGGGCCUUGUUUUGGAAUAA